AUGGGGAAGAAUAAGAAGCCUUUUAUUGACAAGAAGCGCUCUGUUCGGUUUCAUUUGGUUCACAGAGAUCAAAGAGAUCCACUACAAGCUGACCCUGAUGCUUCAGAAUUCGUUCUUCAUCCAGCUGAGAAGCCAGAUGGUCAAAAAGAAGAAUUGAAAAAACAUGGGGUUUUCUUUGAUGAUGAGUAUGAUUACAUGCAACAUUUGAAGCCACGUGGUGAUGGUGUUCUUUUGAUGGCAGAUGAAACUGGUCCAUCAACAUCAACAGACACUGUUUCAAAAGAGUUUGGUGGGAUUUUGUUUCCAAAAGAUGCAUUUGCUUCAGAAUAUGAAGAACCUGAAGGUAUGCUUGAGAAGGGGGUACUUCCUCGUGGUCCACAGCCAGAUUGGGAUCCAGAUAUAGUUGCAGCACUUGAUGAUGGUUUGGACAUGGAUGAUCCAGACAAUGUUUUGGAGGAUGAUUUCAUGUUACAUGCUAAUUGUGAAGACGGAACUUCUGGAGAUUAUCUGUCAAAUAAGUAUUAUGACGGUGAAUCUGAUGGUUCAUAUUCAGACAGAGAGUUUGGCUCAGAUGAUUUCAUAAUUGGGGAUGGUUCUGUGGAGGAUUUUGAAAAUGAAGAAACAAAGUCAAGAUUCACAAGCUAUUCUAUGACUUCCUCUGUCAUUCGGAGGACCCAAGGUUUACAAUUACUUGAUGACCAGUUUGAGAAAAUUAUGGAAGAAUAUGAUGAUGAUGACAUUGGGGGCCUUGAAGAUGAUAAUAAUGAUGAUGCAAAUGAAAUAAUGAAUGAAGAAAAAUUAUUAGUUGAUCAAGCUAUCUCUGAUUUUAACAAAGGACAAAGUAAGCAGUCCCUUGAAGAUUCAGAUCCGAUCCAUACAUUUGUUGAUCCUGAAAAUAAUGGCAAAGAGAGUGAAGAAGAAUUUGAAAAAUUUAAAGAGCCAGAGAGAGAAAAAUGGGAUUGUGAAUCAAUCAUAAGUACAUACUCAAACUUAUAUAACCACCCAAAACUUAUUACAGAACCAAAGCCAAUAAAAUUAACAAAGAAGCUAGGAAUACCAUCAGAUGUGUUGAAGAAGCAAUACCAGGGAAAUAAAGACGAAGAGAUACAUUCAGAAACAAUCUGCAGUAUGAACUAUGCCCGUAAGAAGGAAGAAAGUAAAGAAGAAAAGAAAACAAGGAAACAGGCAGUUAAGGAAGAAAGAAGAAACAGAAGAAUUGAGAAAAAAGCAAACAAGGAUGCAUUUAAGCUUGAACAAAAAAUACAGGAAAGAAUUGUUGCAAGUCAGCCAUUAACAUCUACUGUGCCAAUUUGAUAUUUUUUUAUACAAAAGAAGUCUUAGAAAAUAUAAA